AUGGAAUCUAUAAUUAAUUGUCAACACCCCUCUACCCUUCGCUUUGCUGUUCAUUUUUUCUCUUGCGUCGUACACUCUCGUUUCCACCUCGCCACCGACGAAUCUCCUUCCCAUCGCCAUCUACUGUCGCCGCUACCCUCCCCAGCGCCAUCUCCGGCCGUCGCCACCCUCACUGCCGGCAACUCCAGCCGUAUCCACAACAGGGCAAAAUUAGCAGGAGGGUCAAACUUGUCAAUAUCAGUAAAAGAAGUUUUGUGA